AUGGUGCAAUCCGAGCGACCUCGGAGAAAACGGCAGCAGAAGAAGGCUUGCGACACAUGUCGCCGGCGAAAGGUGGCGUGCGAUGUGAUUGACGAAUAUCCUUGCACAACGUGCAAAAGGUCAAGGCUCGAAUGCCGCUCCACGGCAAGCUGGCACCGUAAUGAGAGCCAGGACAAAGGACGUGAGGAAUGUAGCCCCGCGUCCUCGACCGGGGUCGCUCGAGUUGAUCGACCUGCCAGCUCUCCGGCUUCUAUGUCCCGUGGGGACCAAGCACCUUUGGAGGGUCGCAAGCUUGUUUCUGACAACUACAACGUUCUCCAUGGACUCACCAAGGAGUCUUUGACGCAAUUCUUCCAGCACGGAGUAGACACCACCGAAUGGUUGGUCUUCGACAACAAUGGCGAUCAUGUUCGGUUGGCAUAUAUUGGCACGCCGGCCUCAAACCUCACUCAUCUGGUGAACCUAAAGAAGCCUACGAGACCGACACUGCAUUAUCCUUUUCCUCCUAUUCGGAGUCCUUUACCUUGGAAGCCCAACACCAUCUGGAAUCUACGCGGCAACAUUGACAUUGCCGACGACAUUUCGUGUUUUCCGUCCAAGGAGGCGCGGGACGCCUUGGUUGAAGCUUAUUUCACACGCAUUCACCCGAGCUUCCCGAUCAUCGAGGAGGCCAAAUUUCGACGUCAAUACGAAGACCCAGACAUGCCGCCACCGCUCCUGCUGUUCCAGGCUGUGCUGCUGGCGGGUGCUCAUGUCUGCGACCAUCCCCUGGUCGCCGAGUCGCGUGCGGUCGUCAAAGGCACGCUUUUCAGAAGGGCAAGCCUGCUUUUUCACAUUCGCCAUGAGAAUGAUCGUCUACACUUGAUGCAGGCGGCCAUGCUCUUUACCUGGCACCUGGAAAACGCCGACACUGUCACUUCAGGAAGCUACUACUGGCUGGGAGUUGCUUGCCGCAUUGGAUUUGGCAUGGGUGUGCAUCGGGAUGUAUCCCACGGGGCUGCAACACGCCUGCCACAGUGGGAACGAAGGUUGUAUCGCCGAGUCUGGUGGACGAUAUUCCAGGCCGAGACCUUUUCGGCCCUCGAUCAUGGGCGGCCAUGCAUGAUCAAUAUUCGAGACACAGAUCAACCUCCUCUGAAGAUCGACGACUUCCUUGAAGGGGAUCGACAGCUUCCCAACGCCCAGGUGAGCUUUGAGUUUUGUGCGAAGAACGUCAAGCUCUGCUUCAUCAUCCUCGACAUUCUUGACAUGACUCGGCCACAGGGAAGUGGCAGUGGGCCAGACGCGGCCUCGGUCAGCUUGGCCCUGGCCCAGUGGGCUCUCGACUUGCCACAAGGCGACGAUUUCCUGUCGUGCCAACUACGUCUGCACUACAAUCUGAUUCAACUGCACCUUCAUCGCAACCUUGUUGACAGCGCUGACUCGAGAGACAUCUGCAUCGAGGCUACACAAGCAAUAAUAUCUUUAUUCGAGCUCAUGAUCUCUCAGGGCACAAUUGGACGGUGCUACUUUACUGCAAACAUGGCCAUCACGGCAGCUGCCAUCCAUACCGCCAACAUCAUCAAAAUGGCCUUGGACAAGAGCUCGACGUUGGUGGCUACGAAUGCUCACAACCAGCUCUCACGCCUGCUCAGAUGCGCCACCGAGCUCGCAAAAUACUGGCCCAACGUCGGUGCGGUGAACGCCCUUUUCGAGGGCCUAUUGAGUGAUCUUCGCACUCUGAUCGUCUCCGGGGUGCAAGGCCAAGCCGAAGAUACACGGCUCAACGGACAACAAACAUUGCAAACCGAUACCAACUGGCAAAACAUUUUCGAAACUCUCAACUUUUCCCAGACGCCUGAUUAUAUGGGCCGAGAAUGGAUGAACACGGCGGACUGGUUGGCCGAAUGA